AAGGAACCCCAAAACGCCUCCACGUCUCUAACAUCCCCUUCCGCUUCAGAGACCCAGACCUGCGGCAGAUGUUUGGGCAAUUUGGAAAGAUUCUGGAUGUAGAGAUCAUUUUCAAUGAGAGGGGCUCAAAGGGCUUUGGUUUUGUGACGUUCGAGGGCAGUGCAGAUGCAGAGAAAGCGCGAGCACGUCUCCACGGGACCAUCGUGGAGGGACGGAAGAUCGAGGUCAACAACGCUACGGCUCGAGUGAUGACCAAUAAGAAGAUGGCUAGCCCGUAUACUAACGGAGAAGGUCUCAGCACGCUGCCCUACGCGGGGUGGAAGUUGAGUCCUAUGAUGAGCGCGAUGUACGCACCGGAGCUCUACGCAGUUCCAGGGUUUCCUUAUCCCUCCACCGCCGCCGCAGCAGCCGCCGCAUCCACAGCUGCGACCUUCAGAGGAGCGCAUCACCUGCGGGGUCGCGGGCGUCCCGUCUACGGAGCGGUGCGCGCCGCGGUUCCUCAGCCCGCCAUACAGGCCUACCCGGGUGUGGUGUACCAGGAUGGGUUUUAUGGAGCUACAGAACUGUAUAGCGGCUAUACCGCGUAUCGCUACACCCAGCCGACGGCGGUAGCGAGUCCCACAGCAGCGGCGGCAGCGGCAUACAGCGACAGCUACGGUCGCAUGUACGCGGCAGAUCCGUAUGCGGCUGCGCUAGCGGCUUCUCCGGCGGCGGCGGCGGCGGCAGCAGCGUAUGGAGUCGGCGCGAUGGCCACUCUCUACAGAGGAGGAUACAACCGGUUCUCACCAUAUUAAUACACUUCCAGAUUCGCUGUCUCUCUGAAACUUCACCAACGGCUGCUGACCUCGGAGGGAAAAAUCCAAUCACACUCUUGGACAAAAACAAAAAAAACAAAAAAA